CUGAUUGGACAAACAGGGUUCAUGGAAUUUUCUAAGGAAGGUGACCUUAUGAUAGGAGGGAUCGUUUCGAUGGCGAGCACACGAAAACUGUUUGACAAUGGCUAUCAAGAACUUCCAACAUACUACUGCAAAAAGUGGAAUGACAGAGAGCUGAAAUUUGCCAGGACAAUGAUUUUUACUGUAGAGGAGAUCAACAGAGAUGCGGUGCUCCUGCCGGGACUGACUCUGGGUUACAGGCUGUUCAAUGGCUGUGGGACUGAGAACCUGAUACGUGCAGCUGUGGAGGCUAUCAAUGGAAACGGUUCAAACAGCUGCAGCGGUCAGAUCCAGGCUCUCUUAGGCCAUUCUUCCUCUGGAGUGACUGAAGGCAUAAACCGAAUCCUGAGCCCACUAUCGAUUCCACAGGUGAGCCACCUUUCAACUUGUGCCUGUUUAAGUGACAGAAGACAUUUUCCAACCUUUUUCAGGACAGUUCCAAGUGACCGGUUUCAAAUCUCUGGUCUGGUGCAGCUUUUGAAAUAUUUCGACUGGCGCUGGGUGGGGGUUAUCUACAGUAUCGGUACAUAUUCAGAGGAGGGCACAGCUGAAUUUGUUCAGGGGGCAAAGAAAGAGGGAAUUUGUGUUGAAUAUAUCCUGCCUUUUUCAAGGAAAUCUGACAAAACAGUCAUCGCUAUUGUAGAGGCACUCAGGACAUCGACAUCAAAGGUGGUUCUGUUGUAUGCUUCUUUGUUCUACACCAAAUUGUUGUUGCCAAAAUUGGAAGCUUACAACAUAACUGGAAAGCAGUGGGUUGGCACAGAAGCUUGGAUCACACAAGGAGACCUGGCUUCUGCUGAGAGAAAGAGCAUUUUACAGGGGGCAAUGGGUCUUGCCCUUCCAAAGACAUCGAUACCAGGUCUUGGUGAAUAUCUGCUCAGCUUGAAACCAUCCGAUGAGCCACACAGUGCUAUCAUUAAAGCUUUCUGGGAGAAGUUCUUUGACUGCAGCUUCUCUCCGUCAAACACCUCUGUUCUGUGCACUGGUGCUGAGGAUCUAACCACAGUCUCAAGUGACUACACAGACGUGGCAUACUUCAGGGAAGAGAAUAAUGUGUAUAAAUCUGUAUAUUCAGUAGCAUAUGCGCUGCAUUCACUCCUGCAAUGUCAAAAUGGCUCAAAUCCAACCACGGGAAAGUCCUGCGUCAACCCCAAUGAAGUGUUGGAGCAUAUGAAACAUGUGAACUUCACCACAAAGAAUGGUGCCAAGGUUUUCUUUGAUGAAAAUGGUGAUGCAGUUGCCCAGUAUGAUAUAGUAAACUGGCAAAUGAAAGAUGAUAGCUCAGCUGAAAUUAUCAAUAUUGGCCAGUAUGAUACCUCUUUUGUGGAGGAGGAAAGAUUUAAACUGAAAAAAGAUGUCACGAUCGUUUGGGGCGGAAACAGCGCUGAGGUUCCAAGGUCUGUCUGCAGAGAGCCGUGUCCACCGGGGACUCGAAAGGCCAUAAACAAGAACAGACCUUUGUGUUGCUUUGACUGCUUUGAGUGCCCCGAGGGAACUAUCAGCAACCAGACAGACGCUCCAGACUGUUUCUUGUGUCCGCCUGAAUUUUGGCCUAAUGAGGAGAGAAACAGAUGUCUCCCAAAACCAACUGAAUUCCUCUCUUACAAAGAGAUCAUGGGGGCGCUACUGACCGCAGUUAGUAUUAUUGGGGUGUUUCUCUCUCUGCUGAUAUCAACAGUGUUUUGGACUCAUAAGGAGACUCCAAUAGUGAGAGCCAACAACUCUGAGUUGAGCUUCCUGUUGCUCUUCUCAGUGAAGCUGUGUUUCCUCUGUUCUCUGACUUUCAUUGGCCGACCCACUGAGUGGUCCUGCAUGCUGCGACACACAGCGUUUGGGAUCACUUUCGUGCUCUGCAUUUCUUGUGUUCUGGGGAAGACUGUUUUGGUUUUAAUGGCUUUCAGGGCAACGCUUCCUGGCACCAAUAUAAUGAAAUGGGUUGGGCCAGUUCAGCUGAGACUCGGCGUUCUGUGUUUCACCUUAAUUCAGGUUCUGAUUUGUAUACUUUGGCUUACAAUCAAUCCUCCAUUCCCCAACAAGAACAUGAAACAUUACAAAGAUAGGAUUAUUUUGGAGUGUGCACUGGGUUCUCCGAUUGGAUUCUGGUCUGUGCUGGGUUACAUUGGACUCCUAGCAAUCUUGUGUUUUGUUCUUGCUUUCCUUGCUAGAAAAUUACCCGAUACAUUUAAUGAAGCCAAGCUGAUCACCUUCAGCAUGCUGAUAUUCUGUGCAGUCUGGAUCACGUUUAUCCCAGCAUAUGUCAGCUCUCCUGGGAAAUUCACUGUCGCUGUGGAGAUAUUUGCCAUUCUGGCAUCCAGUUUUGGUUUACUGGUUUGCAUUUUCAUUCCUAAAUGCUAUGUCAUAAUUUUCCAUCCCCAACAAAACUCAAAAAAGCAUUUGGCACUAAAAGUGCCACAAAAAGCUGCCAUUUAA